UCUCCUUCCAGUCACCAUGGUCCUGCUAACUAUGAUCGCCCGAGUGGCGGAUGGACUCCCGCUGGCAGCCUCCAUGCAAGAGGACGAACAGUCGGGCAGAGACCUGCAGCAGUACCAGAACCAGGCCAAGCAGUUGUUCCGCAAGCUGAAUGAACAGUCUCCAACGCGGUGCACCCUGGAGGCAGGAGCUAUGACCUUCCAUUACCUGAUUGAGAAAGGCGUUUGUUAUCUGGUGCUCUGUGAAGCUGCUUUCCCCAAGAAGCUGGCCUUUGCUUAUCUGGAUGAUCUGUUUGCGGAAUUUGAUGAACAACAUGGAAAAAAAGUGCCUACAGUAUCACGGCCAUACUCCUUUAUAGAGUUUGAUAACUACAUCCAGAAGACGAAGAAAUCCUAUAUCGACAGCCGAGCCAGAAGAAACCUUAGUUCUGUUAACACUGAGCUGCAGGACGUGCAGAGGAUCAUGGUUGCUAAUAUUGAAGAAGUUUUGCAGCGGGGAGAAGCACUUUCAGCUUUGGAUUCAAAGGCCAGCAACCUGUCCAGCUUGUCUAAGAAGUACCGGCAAGAUGCAAAGUACCUGAACAUGCGCUCCACUUACGCCAAGCUGGCCGCCGUAGCAGUGUUCUCAGUCAUGCUCAUUGUGUAUAUCCGAUUCUGGUGGUUGUGAAGAGAGGAAGUCUGAGGAAAAAUACUGUGAAGAUGAGAGAGGAUUGGGGGAGUGUUUGCCAAGGUCUUAACCGUUUCACUGCUAGUGGCCUUCUCUGCAGUGAUGUGGUUAAUGGAUUCUGCACAUCUCAUUGUGCGUAGAGAUCACUGAUGCUCUAACCUCAGAGCUGGCUUGUAGGGAACAUAAACAUUAGUAGUGCUCUUUUUCCAAUGGCCAGCUAGAAGUAAGAUUGCACAUGGCUUAGUUCCUUUAUCUUGUCAUCUCUACACAACCACCCUGGACUGGUUCAUAGCAACCCUCCCUUGCUAUCUGACAGCGCAUCAUUGGUUACUCACCUACCCCCUCUUAGGCUACUAAUGUAUUAAGCAGGUUUCUACUACUCUUGAAGAAGCCACUUUACCCCCCGUUUCUGCCCUGCAGGCCUUGUAGGGAAUAAACAGAUCCAUUUCAAUCAGA